CUCUAGUGGCUGGUCCGGCACUGAGAUGCAAUCUGCAGAGGCUUAGCUGGGAUCAGCACCCUCCCUCCCCUCUGCAGCUGGACCUGUGGCCAAGCAGGGGCCAGGAGGAGUCAGUGCUCUCUGAGCAUUGCAACGCUGGACUGGAGUCAUGGACAAGAAGAGCAGCCACAUCGGGGCCACCGGCAGGCACCUGCCUCCUUGCAAGAAGUGUAACGAAAAGAUCCUGGGACUGGAACAGUCCCACUAUGAGGAAUAGCUAUGAAAACUGGAACUGUUCAGCUUGGAGAAAAGGUGAGAAAGAGAAGACAUGAUAGAAGUAUUUAAAAUAAUUCAUGGUGUAGAGAAUGUGGAGAGGGAGGCAUUUCUCUUCCUUGGCACUGGGCUAAUCUCAUCAAGCUGAUUGCUGGGAGGUUUUAGCAGAUAAGAGGAAGUCCUCCUUCAUUUACUGUGUAAUUAAAAUAUGGAAUACACUCCAAGGGGACAUGGUGAUGGCCGCUUAUCUGGAUGGCUUGAAAAGCGGAUUGGACAGUUUCAUGACGGAGGAGGCUACUGUUGGGCAUACAAGGGUAGUUUUCCUUGGCACAUAACCCAAGGUCAGACAGAUUCAGACUUGUCAGAUGACAAGGGUGUCUGGGAAACAGAAUUUGCAUUGCUUCUGAGCAGUACCAUCCAGGAGUCAUUCCAUUUGCUCCAUCCCAACCUUUGCCCUAAAAAUGACAUGGGCCAGCUGCCCACCAGGUCACAAACCCUCCGCUCUGACCACUGGCCAUGUGAUGGGCUUGAGAAAUGUUUAAAUUGAGAACGAAGAAAGUCUCAUCAUCAGAACACUGAAGCUGCUUGCAGAGAAACUAUCCAAGGUAAGCUGCCUCCAGUGGAACAGGUAUCUUACAAUCUUUGAUAAAGGGCUUUGCUGCACAUUUAAGAAAUCCUAUGGUAAGCCAUGUAGCAAGCUCCUGUCUUGGAAGAACCUGUGCAUGACCACUGGGUGCAUUUACUAGAAGCUGCUGCAUAUGUGUGUGAGAACUUGUAAAGCUGUUUUUGUUCCUCUUAUCGGAAUAACAGGAUAGCAUUUCCAGUGUUUGUUUCUCUGUGGGGUGGAAUUGGGGAUCCACUUUUUUUGGGGGUGGGGUGAUCUCCAGAUGCUUUGGACUUCAGCUGCCAUGAGUUGAAGUGUGGUUGUGGGGUUUAGAGUGCUGGACUGGGCACCUGGGAGAUCUGGGUUCUAGUCUCUCACUGGGGGAUCUUGGGCCAGCCGCUCACUCUUAGCCCCACGUAUCUGUUGUGCUUUGUAGGCUGCCUUGGGUUCUUCACAGGAGGGAAAAGGGCAGGGUAUAAAUGCAAUGCAAUAUUCCGAUCCAGCAUUUUGAGCAGUGGUCCAAAACAUCUGGAAGGCAUUGAGCUGGGAAAGGCUGCUACACUCUGUUGGGGGAGAAGUUUACACGUGUGAUAUACAGCCGCAGCUUCCUUGCAUGCUGGAAGGAAAUUCAUUUGUCCGUGCCCUUGAUCACUGAUGAACAGAAUUCAGGAUGAAAGUCCUCGAGUGAUUUAGGCAGAGCUUGUGAUGUGCAUAUGACACGCCUGCUCCAUAGAAAUUGACAAGCGCUCCAGUCAAUGUCGUCUUCCCCCUGAAACCUUCCUGUUGUUUUCCUGCUGCUUCUCCCAUCUUUUUUCUCAGCAGGACAGCAUCCUGUUAAGAGAGGAGAGAUGAGGUGGCUCCAGAAUGUCUUUUGGUUGGCAGUGCCAGGAGCUUUCCAGUGGGAAAUUCCCGGGGAUGAAGGUGGUCAUAUUUAUGCUCCUGCUUGCUCAAGUGUCCUGGGCCCAUGGACCAAACACAGGCCCAGAGAGAGACAGCAAAGUCAUGGUCAACCCGAUUCGAGAAAAACGAAUGGCUGAUGUUAACGUUUACGGUUCAAGCUUGAGAUGGGUUCCAUUUGGAGGCUCUAUCCCCAACGGAGCUGUGUCCUUCUGGAAUAGUUAUGCCAAUAGGAGAGAAUAUCCAUGUGCCACAUCAAAUUGUCAUAUUGGCUUCUACACCACAGGCCGUGGCCCUUUCUGUUCCUACCCUUAUGCAGACCAUGAGAUGCAGACAAGUUCCUUCUCUCUUUUAGUGAAUCCAGGAGAGCGAGAAACCUUGGUGUGGAAAGCUGGUUCAUGGGGUUCAAUUCCAAACAGAGCUGUAAAUGCCUGUGGAGGAGACAACAUUUACGUGGGAAAAAAUAGAUACGGUCUUGGGAAGGUUGACCGCAGGAAUGCCGCUUUUUUUAUUGGGAUUGAUGGUAGUGAAUACUUUUAUAAAUGGUAUGAUGUCCUGACGUUUGCUUAGCAAUGGCUUCCAGUAUGAGAGAUGCAAAGAACUAUCAAUACAUGGAAUCAAAUAAGGCUUUGAUCCAAAGCAUUCUCUAAGCAUUAAGAAUCACUAAAAUAAAUAGGACUUAGUUUGCGAAGAUUCCAAGAUUUUCCUUAUCGGAAUUUCAUCCCAGUGUUGGCAUUCGAAUGACCCUAAUGCAAAAUGCAUUAUUCUGCUGAGGCUUUCAUGUCCUUUUGCUCUUCUCUGGUCUAGUAAUUCUUCUGCAUGUUCUGGCAGAAGACAAAGCCUCUGACAGGCCCAGCUUUGGAGCUUUGCUCUUGGGUUUGAAAGAUUGUCAUGGUGCCAAGCAUAGGUAAUUCACUGUUAAGGGGAAACACUUCUCAAAGGUUGUUCAGAAUGGGGAACUGUCUCUACCCAACCCUCCUCACACAUGUCCAGCUAUUCUUCUUAUGAUGUACUCCCAGAAAAUGGGAAGGAACUUAUUAAAACCAUCUUUUCUUUCUCAA